AGGUGUUGAGUAUUCAGAGCCGGGCAGACGGGAUGCACACAUAGUUUUAAUGUCCCCUGGAUUAAAGAAAACUCUAAAAUUAUCGCUUGUUUGCUCUAUUCAUAUCAAAGAUCACUACGCGCCGACAAAAUGAGUCAUCUGAACCCAGGUCUUCUUUCAGCUUACAAUAGCUUAACUGACAAACAUCUGACUGGAUACUUCAACAAUGUGAGAAUACGAAGACAUCUUCAGAAGGUUGGGCUGAUCUCCCGGAGCGGACGGAUUGUUCCUGAUAAGGAGUACAGGCACAAGCUGAUCCAGCGAGCACAUCAGAGACAUGUGAGAGAGUGUCUGGCUCAGGCCAUCUUUCACAAGGUGCUAGACAUGGAGCGCCUUCAUCAAACCGAGAUCAAGAGAAAACUUGAGGAAUUUGCACGGAGGGAACGAAUCCACAAAAUAAAGGCUGAGCGCUCCAAGAGAUAUGAAGAUGAACCAAUGCCAAUGCUGUCACCUCGGCCACCCACGGGGCCAAAGAUCUCUCACGUACGGCAUUCUGGGCCGGAGGGAGAGCAUUCUGAGUCAACAGAAUCUCCGAGUUCCUCAAGGCCCAACACGGCUCCGGGGAAGAUGCAGAGGCCUGUUCGUCUCAAGCCCCUGAACAGUAACAGUGCCACGGCCUCUCUGAAGAGAACCUCCCCUCGACACAGACCCCCGGACUGGGACUCCUCUAACGACACAGAUCAGCUCCUCAGUUAUACGCUGGACAAAGAGGGCAUGAGACAUUUGACCAUGACAGACUGCUCUAGCACUGUCUCGCCUUACCGUCUUCCUGUCAUUAACAACUAUGUGACCCCUGUGCCGCCCCUCACGAAGAAAAAAGAGAGAGGGCCGAGAGCGAACGGCACACACAGGGGUCGAAAGUUAAGACCCACUACAGCACCAACUACAGAGCCAUCUUCUCUCCAGAGGACAUCAGCCCAGAGUAAAGUGUCAGUAAGCAUGGUAUACUUUGGGAAGAGUGUUCACCUGUCCCAUGAUUUGAUGGACCUCAGAGAUGAGGUCAAGGUCUUCCAGCAGCACUGUGGAGGAGAGAACCUCUGUGUCUACAAAGGGAUGCUGAGAGAGGGAGAAGUUUUCCAAUUUGUGUCAAGACGUCACCAAGGAUUUCCCUUCAGUCUUACAUUCUUCCUGAAUGGCCUCCAAGUGGAUAGGCUCAGCUCCUGCUGUGAGUUCAAACACAGGAAAGGCACUCGGCUCGGGGGCAGACAUGGACACUUUGGAUUUUGCGGGGUGGAGGGAGCCUCUCCUUGCUACAAGUGUAUUAUUGCCAUGGGCUUGGAUAAAAAACCCACCCCUCCUCAAAAAAGAGUGAAAGAGGAGCUGCCCACCUCUAAAUCCCCAGAUGCUAAGGAGGCCACAGAUGUAGAUGAAGACAUACACACACAUUCUAACGCAGUGCCUGACGCACCUCAGGAAAUGGAGACGGAGCCUAAUGGAGAAACAACAGGGAAGAAAAAGACCAAAGAUGACUAUGAGGAAGACUUUGAGGCAGAUGAUGAAGGGCCAGUUGAAGAUGUUGAUGAAGUAGAGGAAAAGACAUCUGCUGCCAAUGGUGGAGAAGAAGAGACCAGGGAUGAAAAUGACAUAAAUGAAGUGAAAAGCAACACUGACAGUGAUGACGCCAAGGUCAAAAGGUCAUCAUCUGUCUCAUCUGGACGAACAUCCAGCUUGUCCAGCAGUGACAAUGACAACAGUGAAAGAGAAAUUGUGGAGGACACCAAAGAAGUCACCACUGCUAAUGUUCCAGAGGAGAGCUUACAUGCAGAGGAGGACCUCACCACAGCUGAGACCAAACCGGAGGAGACAGAGGUCACAGAGUCCAGUGACAUCACAUUACCUCAAGCUGCAGCGGAAGACUCUGGGACACAGGAUAGUCCUGGGGAUGGCAUGGAGAAGAGCGACCUGGAAAUGUCAGAAGACACAGACAAGAAAGAGGGAACUGAAGGUGAGCAAUCUGGGGAGGAUGCCAAACCUGAAGAUAAGCCACAAGAGAAUGAGCCAGAGAGAGCCAAGUCAAUGCAAGAAAAGUUGGCUGAGGCCAUUUUGAAGGAAUCUCAAUGUAGUUCAGAGCCAGAGUUUAGUGAUACAAGCACAGAGGAAGAUGAAGGGGCCUCAGUGAAGACCCAACAGGACGGCCAAGGACCAGAAAUGGAGAGUGCGGUGGGUUUCACCUCACCACAACCAUCAAACACACUGGAUGAAAAUGCAGAGAAAGGUGAAAGCAACACACGAGAGUCUCUAUGUGAGGAAACGGCACAGGAGCCUCAUGUCCACAUAGAAGAAGAAAGACAAGAAAUAGGAGAGACUCAGGAGGCAGCAGUAAGUUUAGACAUAGAGGAAACGCAGAAGGACGAACAAAGUGUGAGGACAAAUGAAGUUGAACAACCAGAUAAAAGAGAGGAAGUAAAAACUGAGACUGAGGAUAUGCAGGAGAAAGAUAAGGAUGUGAACAAUACAAAUGCAGAGGUUGCAGAGGUUAAUACGGAGUUUAAAGAAGAAGAGAAAGACUUAUUAGUACAGGAACCAGAGACACAUACUGAAAUGCUGGACACUGGAAAUACAGACACUGAGGUUCCAGAGAUGGAGGAGAUGGAUUCGGUAUCUCAUACAGAGAAUGAUACACAAACAGGGGCAGGUGACACUCAGAGGCAGCCAGACGCUGAUGACGCAGAUCAGAACAGAGAGAGAAGGAGCGACGGACACCCAGACAGAGAUGAAAGAGAAGACCUAGCAGAUGAGGCUGGGGAUGAAAGGUCAACUGGGGAAAUGGUACAGAAGACAGAUGGCAAGGUGGGUGGUGGGGGCUCUGUUGGUAAGGACGAAGAUGGUGAAAAAUCUAGUGAAGAGAUAGAAGAGACAAAAAUGCUAGAGGUUGAGGAUACAAGUGAAGAUUUGGGAAUAGAGGAGGCAGAGAAACCUGGGGAAGAAGAGAUACGAGUUGGUGAGAAAGAUAAUGAGUUAGAAGGUGAUCAAGAUUCAAAGGCAGAAGAUAAACAAAAUAAGGACAGUACAGAAAAAGACAAGGAUGGUGUGAAUGAUGAACAUAAAGAAAGUGAAGAUGGGAAACUGUCUAUUGAGGUUAUAAAUAGACUAAAUGAGUCACAGGAAAUUCAAAAUGUAAGGGCAGAAGGUAAUGAAAAAGAGGAUGAUGGUAUGAAUGAUAAACAAAAAGAAACAGAAGAUGGAGAACAGGUUAAAAACAUACUUAGUGAUGGAGCCGAGGAAGAAGGGCAUGAGAAACCAAACAGUGAGGUUGAGAUUGGAGGAGAAAUCAAGAAAGGGAAAGAUGAAAGGAUGGAAAAUAGGUCUCAGGAAGGGGAAAAUAGGUCUCAGGAAGAGGAAAAAGAAGAGGACGGGAAGGUGGAUGAGAUGGCAGUGGGAACAGAUGGAAACUAUGUAGAGAAUGAGGCAAAAGACAAAGAGCAUGAGAAUGAGUUAGAAACAGGAGAAAAGUUUAUAGAAGAGCAAGAGAAGGAGAUGGCAGAUAUAAACGAGAUUAGUGAGAAUACAUUAGAGGCAGGAGAUGGAAAAGAGACUGUUUCUGGUGAGAAUACAGCCCAAAAAUUGGAAGACAACUUUGAGGACAAAAAUGAGGAAUCGGUUUCACAGGAAGAACAAAAAGAAAUGGGUUCCAGCGGAACGCUCAAGGAUGAAACAGAGGCCAGUACCAAGGAAGAACUGGAUGAACCUGCUGGGGUGAAUAAUGACCUGCUGGAUAGGAACGUAGAUGCUGAAAAUGCAGAGAGACAAGAAGUGGGUCUUGAAGAGGCUGAUAAGGUGGAAGAAUAUCUCCAAGAGGAAAUGCGAGACAAAUCAGAGGGUGAGACAACUGGUGAUAGUACUCAAGAAGUUAUAGAUAACACUGAAAAGACAGAGACUGAUAAAGAUGUGAAAGAAGAAAAUGGUAAUGACAAAGAGCAAGAGAUAGAAAACAAGUUGAAUGCUCAAGUUGUUCCCUCAGAAAGAGAGUCUCAGUUGGGCGGUGAACAGGAGGACCAGGGCAGUGACAACCAAAAAGCUGAAGAAGAGGAUGACAAAGAAGAGGCUGACAAAGAAUCAGAAACCUCUGCAACAACAUUCAUAGAAAACAUAACUCCUCAGAUAACACAGACGAUGGUCAAUAAGGAUACAGAAAGUGAUAUUGUCUCAGCCGAAGCUAAAGUCACAGAAGAGGAACCAGAACUGAAAGGUACUGACGAUGAACUGAUAAGUAGAGAUGCUCCUGAAGGGAUGGAUGGUGAUCAAGUGCAACCUUUGGAGAAGAAAGGGAAUCUUGUCAAUGAAGAGAGUGGCUCAUCAGUUUCCCAUACGGUGGAAUCAGAACCACCUGUGAAGAAAGUCAAAAAAGGGGACAAAGAUCCAGUUCUGAGCAUUAAUUCAGAUGAUCUGGAUGAUCAUCCAGCAGCUUUAGCUAAAGUAGUUGGGGUGGAUCUAGUGAGUAACUGGAUUAACAUACACCAAGAAUCAAAGUAUUUUCAGACAUUCAUCGAACCCCUCGAUGAAGAGGGUCUCAUCUCGGAAGAAACCGAGGAGAGACUAAACGGUGAAGUGUUAGAUGCUACAGAUACACCACCAAGUACUGAUAUUGGGGGCCUUGAUGAAACACUCAAGAGUAGAGAUGAAACUGCAACUCCCAUAAGGAACAACCUCAAUGAGAACACAGAGUCUGUAGUUGAAAGCUUGAAAACAGAGACUAAAGUUGAGGCCAUAGAGGCAGAUGCUUACAGUUAUCACUCUAAUGACAGCAUACAUACCUUAACCAAAGAUGAAAAAGUCCAGGAGGCUGGAGAUACUAGAGGUUCUUUGGUCACUUCCUGGUCAAGACAGAGUAAUAAUGAAGACACCAAUCAAAAAGACACUGCUAGACAAGAAACUUUGACGUCAGAUGACGUCAAAAACAUGGGGAUAACAGCAACAUCUGAAGACAUUCAAGACAGAGCCCCAUCUGAAACAGAACAGCAGAAUGUACCUAGAAAUGUCGACCUGAAUGCAAAAGAGACUGAACAAAGUAAUCAACUAAAUAUGACUGAUGAAACCAAACAUUUAGCCCAAACAGAGGAAGCAAGUAACAAAGAGACCUUGGAGAGUUCGGAAGACAAUUUGAAACCUGAGCAUGUACCUCAGUCAGAGCAUAUCGAGCCACAGAGUCCCACAAUCACAGUAAUUACAGACCUCACAAUUGUCAAUAAAUCGGAGAAUGGGAGCCAAGAUGACACAGCAAGUGUAGACUUCCAUUCCAGACAGUCAGAUGGAAGCAGGAACGUGAAUGGAAACAGGAGAACUAAAGUAAUUGAUGGCCAUUUCAAACAGACUCUAAGCACAGAGACCUUAAGCACUUUCUCAUUGGAUGAUUCAAGAUUUUUUGGGCCCACAGGAUAUCCUAGAUUAACGACUGCUCACACGGAGAACAGCUAUUAGUACAAUAGUAAAUCUUUCACCUAACCCAGGGGUGUCCAAUCCUACUUCUGGCGGGCCACUGUCCUGCAGAGUUUAGGUCUAACCCCAAUUAAACACAUUUGAACCAGUUAAUCAAGGAUUACUAGAAACUUCCAGACAGGUGUAUAGGGGUAAGUUUGAGCAAAACUCUGCAGGACAUCGGCCCUCGAGGAGAAGGAUUGGACACCCCUGCCUCAACCCAUAUUAAUGGGUUUAAAAUAAUGGCACUUCCUUUUCCUUAUCAGAGACCCAUAGUGAGUCUUGUGUGCUUGGUAGGGAAGCUAUCAACAUCCCACUGAAAAUAGACACCCUAGGACACACGCAGCACAAAUAAUUUAAUUAUUCAUGAUGCGGAGCCCUCCAGUUGGUUAGGCUGCACUAGCAGUAUAUCGACCCACUUCAGACACGCAUACCUUAACUAAGAGAGUUUAACUAAAACCCAAAAGCCUGCACUUUCCUCUGUGUUCCUAAUUAGUAUCCGGAACACUUUAAUUUGCUGUUGCACAGUGUGAUGUGAAUG